AUGGUUUUCAGUAGCAAAUCCAGCAGUAUCGUUUUACACACCAUCCGUUGCAGGACACCGUCUUCGCCUAUCCUCACUUUCAAGUCGUCAAUAUCCUCAGCAUCGACUCCCUUUCUCCGCAACUCAUCUGCGUCUUCUGUUUUUGCACCUAAUCGGACUGGCCAUGUAUCAAAGAGGCGGAGGCUGUCAUCUUCUCGUACAGCAGCUGCAUCACUCGAUCACCGACAACUAGAAGAGUCUGGAUCUGGGCUAGGCUCAAGGUUCAGCUGUGGGAAUGCUGGGCAAUCUGGCUCUGGAAUCUCGCCGUCCUCGGAAACCCGCGGGCAGUCUCAGCAGCUUCAAGAAGAUUUCAUUGAGAUGUCGUUACAAGACAAGCCUAGAUCUCAAGAUUCUGGCUCGGCAAGCGCGAGAGGCCACAAGAAGGAAGGAAAAAGACGGGUGGAAUUGAGAGAGUUGGUCGAUCCUAGAAAACAAAAGUCAGAACCAUGGCAAAUACAAAAAGACGCUCUGAAGAAGAAGUUUGGUGAAGGAGGAUGGAAUCCAAGAAAGAGAUUGUCUCCAGACACUAUGGAAGGCAUCCGCAGUCUUCAUGAACAGGAUCCAGAAAGAUACUCUACACCGCUAUUAGCAGAGCAUUUCAAAGUGUCACCGGAAGCCAUUCGUCGUAUCCUCAAGAGUAAAUGGCGGCCAUCUGAAAAGGAAAUGGAGAAGAAAAGGGAACGAUGGGCCAAGAGGCAUGACCGGAUCUGGGACCAGCAGGCAGAAUUAGGCCUGAGGCCAAAGAGGAGAAAGGAGAGACCACAGGAGGAUCCUGAUGAAUUCGAAGAGAACCUGAGAGCGAAGGAAAUGCUGGAUAAUGCGAGGAGUGCUUGA